AUGUUGCUUCCGUCUCGAUUUACACCGUUAGCCAGAUCGAUUCCCUAUCGCUGUUUCAGCAUUGAUUUUUCGCAUGAAAAACCUGCACCGCAUCAGCUGGAACAUGUGACGACUCGUCUAGUGGAAACUGUUCCGUUGAUGUUUCGACAUCGAAUGGAUUACACUUUCUAUCGGAAAGACGUUGUUUGCGAUGAUCAGAUUUUCUCGGUUCAAAAACGAGGCAUCGAACAGUUGAUGAGUCAUUUUGGCAUGAUUGGAACAUUGGGACAGGUAUUCCUUCCCCAUGUUGAAAUGGAAGUGUUAUCUGCAGUUCCAGUGAUCGAUGAAGGAACUGUCAGAUUUCGGUGGAGAGUCAAAUACGUGUCAUUCCUUCGUCUUCUCACAAAUCCUCGUCUCCUCCGAUUCGAUUAUCGCGUCCAGAAUCUGAGUUGGUUUGAUGGAUAUUCCGUUUUGACAGUCGACGGAAAUGGGGAUGUUUUUAAGGUCACAUUGCAAAAGAUGCAACAAGACGAGCAGAAGAGUUUGAUAACCUCGACAACAGAGAAGUUGAAGGAGAAGCUUGCGCCGAAGACUGUUAACACUUGA